GAACUCGCAUGCAGAUAUAUAGCUCGCACGUCCCACAAUGGCCGGAGCACACAAGCUUGGCGAGCUCUUGCACCACCUGCGCCAGUGCUCGGCGGCCGCGCUCGACCGCGCAAUGUCCCUGGUGUGCUCGCUCUCCCAGGCCUACGCGGAGCACCGGGUGACGGAGCGCGUGGCGCGGUCGCGGCGCACGCUCGACGGCCAGGUGUGGCGCGCCGCCGUCGACGGCGCGGCGCGCCUCAACUCGCUCCUCAUCCAUGUCGUCUACUUCGUCGCCCUCUCCUGCGCCGGAUGGGGCCUCCUCUCGGCGCUCAAGGUGCGGGCGCCCCACGGGAGCCCCCGCGGCAUCGACAUGUUCUUCACCGCCGUGUCGGCCGCGACGGUGUCGAGCAUGUCCGCCGUCGAGAUGGAGGUGUUCUCCAACGGCCAGCUCCUGAUCAUCACCGCGCUCAUGUUCGCCGGCGGCGAGGUGUUCAUAUCGCUCGUGGGGCUCGCGUCCAAAUGGUCCAAGCUGAGGAAGCAGAUCAUAAACAGGUCCCAGCGCGUCGAGAGCCACGACGACGGCGUCGAGCUCGAGACGCCGGCAGCCAUCGCCGCCGAGGCCGAGGCCGCUGCCGACGCCGAUGACGAGAGGUCGUCGAUGACGAUCACCACCGUCACCGAAGAUCACACCGGCCCGGUGGUGGACGCGAAGAUGCUGCGGCUCAACGCGGUGCGCUCCAUGUUCUACAUCGUCCUGGCCAUCCUCCUCGUGGUGCACGUCGUGGGCGCCGUCGCCGUGGCGGUGUACAUGCACGCGGCGCCCGGCGCGCGGCAGACCCUGCGGCGCAAGGCCCUGAACGUGUGGACCUUCGCUGUGUUCACGACGGUGUCCACGUUCUCCAGCUGCGGGUUGGUGAAGGCUCGCAGUCUCGCACGUCCCACAAUGGCCGGAGCACACAAGCUUGGCGAGCUCUUGCACCACCUGCGCCAGUGCUCGGCGGCCGCGCUCGACCGAGCAAUGUCCCUGGUGUGCUCGCUCUCCCAGGCCUACGCGGAGCACCAGGUGACGGAGCGCGUGGCGCGGUCGCGGCGCACGCUCGGCGGCCAGGUGUGGCGCGCCGCCGUCGACGUCGCGGCGCGCCUCAACUCGCUCCUCAUCCAUGUCGUCUACUUCGUCGCCCUCUCCUGCGCCGGAUGGGGCCUCCUCUCGGCGCUCAAGGUGCGGGCGCCCCACGGGAGCCCCCGCGGCAUCGACAUGUUCUUCACCGCCGUGUCGGCCGCGACGGUGUCGAGCAUGUCCGCCGUCGAGAUGGAGGUGUUCUCCAACGGCCAGCUCCUGAUCAUCACCGCGCUCAUGUUCGCCGGCGGCGAGGUGUUCAUAUCGCUCGUGGGGCUCUCGUCCAAAUGGUCCAAGCUGAGGAAGCGGAUCAUAAACAGGUCCCAGCGCGUCGAGAGCCACGACGACGGCGUCGAGCUCGAGACGCCGGCAGCCAUCGCCGCCGAGGCCGAGGCCGCUGCCGACGCCGAUGACGAGAGGUCGUCGAUGACGAUCACCACCGUCACCGAAGAUCACACCGGCCCGGUGGUGGACUCGAAGAUGCUGCGGCUCAACGCGGUGCGCUCCAUGUUCUACAUCGUCCUGGCCAUCCUCCUCGUGGUGCACGUCGUGGGCGCCGUCGCCGUGGCGGUGUACAUGCACGCGGCGCCCGGCGCGCGGCAGACCCUGCGGCGCAAGGCCCUGAACGUGUGGACCUUCGCUGUGUUCACGACGGUGUCCACGUUCUCCAGCUGCGGGUUCAUGCCGACGAACGAGAACAUGAUGGUAUUCAGCCGGGACGUGCCGCUGCAGCUGCUGCUCGUCCCGCAGGCGCUGGUGGGGAACACGCUGUUCCCGCCGCUGCUGGCGGCGUGCGUGUGGGCGGCGGCGGCGGCGACGCGGCGGCAGGACCUCGCGGAGAUGGCCCGGAAGGGCAGCGGCGAGGACCUGCUCCCGGCGCGGCGGUGCUGGAUGCUGGCCGGGACGGUGGCGUGGUUCCUCGCCGUGCAGGUGGCGCUGGUGUGCGCGAUGGAGUGGGGCGGCGCGCUGCAGGGUCUGAGCUCCGGGGAGAAGGUGGCGAACGCGCUGUUCCUCGCCGUGAACUCCCGGCACACCGGCGAGUCCACCCUCGACCUCUCCACGCUCGCGCCGGCCAUCCUCGUGCUCUUCGUCCUCAUGAUGUAUCUACCUCCAUACACAACAUGGUUUCCAUUUGAAGAGAAUUCAACCACAAGGGAUCAUUCCACGGAGAGCCAGGGAAUCAGGUUUCUCAAGAGCACAGUUUUAUCACAACUCUCCUACCUGACAAUCUUUGUCAUCGCCAUCUGCAUCACUGAGAGGAGAAAGCUCAAAGAAGAUCCCCUCAACUUCAAUGUGCUCAGCAUUAUCGUUGAAGUCGUUAGUGCUUAUGGAAAUGUGGGGUUUUCAAUGGGCUACAGCUGCAGCAGACAGAUCAAUCCUGACCAACUCUGUACAGAUAGAUGGACUGGUUUCGCCGGGAGGUGGAGUGACUCUGGCAAACUCAUACUAAUUAUCGUGAUGUUCUUUGGGAGGCUUAAGAAGUUCAGCAUGAAAGGAGGCAAAGCCUGGAAGCUUAGUUAAAUGCAGCACCUGAUACAUUGCAGGUUCCUGUGGUUAUGGAAUCUGAUCAAGAAUACAUAAAGAUGCAAAACAUAGAAGAUAUGGCUUCCUUUCUCUCCACUUUUCCCCCUAUGUAUUCCUUAUCAUCCUUGCAGAGAUAUUCCUGCAAGUGUUGGCAGUUUUAGAUUAGGUAACGGAAAGUUAAUCAAAGAAAAAUAAUCAAUGUGCCCAUUAGCCUGAUUCUCUUCACACGCAGAGAUGGUUUUGCCAUUGCACAAUAGUUUCUUGCAAUUGGUUGAUGCCAAAAGUUUAUAAUAUCCAGAUACAAAAAUCUAUUAGAGAUGUCAAUCAA